AUGCCUCCAAAAAUGAUAAGAAAGAAAGGGGUCACCAAGGGUAAAGGUAAGGUUCCUCAAGUUACCAAUGAACCUGAAAAUGCAUUUGAUUUGAUUGAUGACGAGUUCGAUCUAAGUUCUCUAAGACACAUGCGGUAUAAUUGGGAUAUCAAAGAGAAUGCUUAUUAUCUCUGUAUAGGCAACAAGAAAAUUUUCAACUUUGACGAUCCAACGGCUGUUGAAGAUAAUGUGGAUGCUCAUGAGAUGGAGGAGCAACACAUUGGUGGAAACAACGAAGAAGACAUUAAUAUGGCUGAUGGGGACUAUGCAGAAGAUAAUGCAUGGAUGAGGGCCACUGAUAAUCAAGAAAGGUGGACACAACAAAGUGAUGGUAGGUAUCACGAACAUGGAUCUAGUUCACAAGAUAAAAGGUAUGAAGAAGAAGUGAUUUGGAGAGAAAAUGUUCAAGCUAUUGAAGAUGCAAGAUACAAACAAGUUCAGGAGCAUAUAGCAUCACAAGAUGCUAACAUUGAUCUCUUCGAGUCAUCUGUUAAUGCAUAA